AGAAUAUUAAUAUUUUUUUUUAAUUAUCUGUUGUAUAAAGGUCAAGAUGUUCUUCAUGAUAUUUAUCCGAUAAAUUAAUUUGAUUAUGAUACUAGAACUAUCAUAUAUAAAUGGACAUCCUUUUUUUUUCUCAUUCAUUUUUUUUUCUAUAACUUAUUAAAUACAAAUAUGGUCCGUUCAACUACUUUUCUUACUAUUAUAUCUUCUUCGUUUCUAAUUUAUACUUCUGCGUUACCCAUUAACAAACCCAGCCCUACUAUUUUAACUACCAUACACAACGGACUUAUUACAACCAAAACCAGAGGAGUCCUUGCUAAUGCUUCACCUAAUUAUCUUCCUAGCUUUCCUUAUCAUGGAUUUAAGCCACUCCAUCCUAUUCCCACUGGUCCAAUUGAUAUCAGUAAUCGAUCUUCAAUUAUCAAAAGAGAGAAUUACCCUGAACCAUGGGUACAACCUGAUGUAAAUCAUCCCGAAGUUCAAGCUGCUAUUAACUCUAUCGCGUGGAAUCAUGUACCAAAUUUUACUCCCCGUACUGCAAAUAUGGAGUAUGAUGUUGGUCAUGAUGAGGCUUGUUGGUGGACGAAAUCCGGAUGCACUACACCUAAGGUUCAAGAGCUACCGAUGGAUACUAAAUACUGUAAAAAAAUAGGAGAUUUUGGUUUGACAUAUGAUGAUGGGCCAUUGUUGCCACAAAGUCCAGAAGAUGUUUGGGGUGAACCUCGACUUUAUGAUUUUCUUGCAAAGUAUAAUCAAACUGCCACAUUAUUUUAUGUUGGUUCCAAUGUUGUUAACUUUCCGGAGGCUGCGGUUCGUGCUCUCCAGUCAGGACAUACACUUUGUGUUCAUACAUGGUCACAUCCCUUAAUGACAAGUUUGACAAGUCAUGAAAUUGUUGCACAGUUAUAUUGGACCUUAAGAGUGAUUAAGGAAGCCACUGGAGUAACAACAAGGUGUUGGCGCCCACCUUAUGGUGAUGUAGACGAUAGAGUUCGUGCCAUUGCUCAUCAAAUGGGUUUAUCAACUAUCCUUUGGGAUAGUGAUUCAUUUGAUUGGGGACUGCCUUCUAGUGCAAAUGGUUUUUCUGGUACUUACACUGAAGAAAUGAUCGAUGGCUUCUUCCAACAGUGGAUUGAUGAUAGAAAAGCAGGCGUUGAUCAGCAAGGUCGUAUCGUCUUAGAGCACGAAGCAAGUAAUAUGACAGUGGCUAUUGCGGAAAAAUGGCUCCCAGAACUUAAAUCGACAUUCAAUGUGAAAAGAGUUCAUGAUUGCGCCCCUGAACUUCCUAACCCCUAUUGGGAAUUACCAAUUUAA